CCCCCCCCUCUUCCCCGCGGCGCCCCCGCCCCGCCCCGCCCCCGCCGAGACCCCGACCCCGGCCCCACGGGCGGACACUCGGCCGGGCAGCCGCGGGCCGCGCGCAGCCGCCUCCGCCGCCGAUGCGCCUGGUGGCCAGACUCCAAGUGGGACCGGCCGACACGCAGGCUCGCGUGUCAGGGGAAGCUGAUGGAGAAUCGCGCUCUGGACCCAGGCGCUCGGGACUCCUAUGGUGCCACCAGCCACCUCCCCAACAAGGGGGCUCUGGCAAAAGCCAAGAACAACUUCAAAGACCUGAUGUCCAAGCUGACGGAGGGCCAGUAUGUGCUGUGCCGCUGGACGGAUGGACUGUAUUACCUCGGGAAGAUCAAGAGGGUCAGUAGUUCUAAGCAGAGCUGCCUGGUGACUUUUGAAGAUAAUUCCAAAUACUGGGUCCUGUGGAAGGACAUACAGCAUGCUGGCGUUCCAGGGGAGGAGCCCAAGUGCAACAUCUGCCUGGGGAAGACCUCAGGGCCGCUGAAUGAGAUCCUCAUCUGUGGGAAGUGUGGCUUGGGUUACCACCAGCAGUGCCACAUCCCUAUAGCAGGCAGUGCCGACCGGCCCCUGCUCACACCUUGGUUCUGCCGACGCUGCAUCUUCGCCCUGGCUGUGCGGAAAGGCGGCGCGCUGAAGAAGGGCGCCAUCGCCAGGACGCUGCAGGCCGUGAAGAUGGUGCUGUCCUACCAGCCGGAGGAGCUCGAGUGGGACUCGCCCCACCGCACCAAUCAGCAGCAGUGCUACUGCUACUGCGGCGGGCCCGGAGAAUGGUACCUGCGGAUGCUGCAGUGUUACCGGUGCAGGCAGUGGUUCCACGAGGCCUGCACCCAGUGCCUCAAUGAGCCCAUGAUGUUCGGAGACCGGUUCUACCUGUUCUUCUGCUCCGUGUGUAAUCAGGGCCCGGAGUACAUCGAGCGGCUGCCCCUGCGAUGGGUGGAUGUGGUUCACCUGGCCCUCUACAACCUGGGGGUGCAGAGCAAGAAGAAGUACUUUGACUUUGAGGAGAUUCUGGCCUUUGUCAACCACCACUGGGAGCUCCUGCAACUUGGCAAGCUCACCAGCACCCCCGUGACGGACCGAGGACCGCAUCUCCUCAAUGCGCUCAACAGUUACAAAAGCCGGUUCCUCUGUGGCAAGGAGAUCAAGAAGAAGAAAUGCAUCUUCCGCCUGCGCAUCCGGGUCCCGCCCAACCCGCCAGGGAAGCUGCUGCCCGACAAGGGCCUGGUGCCCACUGAGAGCAUGGCCUCCUCUGAGCUGCGUAAGAGAGGAAAGAGCAAGCCUGGUUUGUUGCCUCACGAAUUCCAGCAGCAGAAAAGGCGAGUUUAUAGAAGAAAAAGAUCAAAGUUUUUGCUGGAAGAUGCUAUUCCCAGUAGUGACUUUACCUCAGCCUGGAGCACCAACCACCACCUGGCCAGCAUAUUUGACUUCUCGCUGGAUGAAAUUCAGAGUUUGAAAAGCGCCAGCUCGGGCCAGACCUUCUUCUCCGAUGUGGACUCCACGGACGCCGCCAGCACCUCCGGUUCGGCUUCCACCAGCCUCUCCUAUGACUCCAGACGGACAGUGGGCAGCCGCAAGAGGAAGCUGGCGGCCAAAGCGUACGUGCCCCUGCGGGCAAAGCGGCGGGCAGCCGAGCCGGGUGGACGCUGCCCCUCAGACAGCAGCGCGGAGGGGGCUUUGGGCCCCGAGCGGCCGGACGAGGGCGUCGACAGCCACACCUUUGAGAGCAUCAGUGAGGAUGACUCAUCCCUGUCCCACCUGAAGUCCUCCAUCACCAACUACUUUGGCGCGGCCGGGCGGCUAGCCUGUGGGGAGAAGUACCAGGUGCUGGCCAGGAGGGUCACGCCCGAGGGCAAGGUCCAGUACCUGGUGGAGUGGGAAGGGACCACCCCUUACUGACGAGCCCCAGGGGACGCCGGCAGCCCGUUCUCUCCAGGCCCGGGUGGGGGAGGAAAGCAAGACAGCUGCGAGUGCCUGUGGCCGAAAGGCCCUCCCGCCUGCCUGCCAGGCCCAGGCCGGCGCCUCUCUGCGUGCCUGUUCCGCUCUUGGGCCUCGUCAGGCUCGCCACCCCUUUGCCUGUGUGUCUAAGGUCCCACUGGCUGUCACUCAGUGUCUUCACAGUCUCCCUCCAACCAUUUACCUGUAACUGAAUGUGUGUCCCCGUGGCGCUAGGACCCUUCUCCCUGAGGCCCGAGUCUUUCUCUUCGUCCCAUUAUGUCCCUUUACCUCUCUCCUACCCCGUUUGGGGCAGGGGGUGUGUUUACACAUCUACGCACGCAUGGCUGUCCCCGUACCGGAUGUCCUUCACAGCUGACCCGCGGGCAGCCGGUCGUCCUGGGGACCCGUGCGAACGGGAACCUUCGAGCAUGGCUGAAGGUGAAGAGGACGCCCCUCCGAGCCU